AUGGGUAUUCCUGGACUUAUUAAUGCUAUCGGCGCAGGGGAGCGCGUUUCUCUGGCUAAACUGGCUGUGACGCACUUGGAACGAACAGCAAGGCCGAUUCGGAUCGCCGUCGACAUUUCUAUUUGGCUGUUCCAAGUACAAGCAGGCCGGGGAGGAAGAAAUCCCGAAUUGCGUACUCUAUUUUAUCGGCUGCUCAAAUUGCUCGCAUUGCCAGUCCAUCCCCUUUUUGUCUAUGAUGGACGGCAAAAACCUGCUUUCAAAAGAGGCAAAGUAGUCUCAGUGCGCAGCUAUGGCAGUGCCCCGAUCAUCAGACGUUCAAAAGACCUCAUUGAGCGAUUCAGAUUCCCAUGGCACGAAGCACCCGGCGAAGCAGAAGCCGAGUGUGCACGCCUGCAACAGGCAGGAAUUGUGGAUGCCGUGAUGAGCAAUGAUGUUGAUGCUUUGAUGUUUGGGUCAUCUUUGACUAUCAUGAACUUCUCAAAAGAAAAUGGGAGUGGCACAUCUUCUGCAACUCAUGUUACCUGUUAUGCAAUGGGACAGAAUGGGCACCCUUCAAAUGUACCCCUCGACCGCCCGGGAAUGAUUCUCUUUGCCAUGCUGAGUGGUGGAGACUAUCUCCCAUCUGGUGUACCAAAAUGUGGAAGCAAACUCGCUGCAGAGAUUGCCAAGGCUGGGUUUGGUGAAGAUCUCCUGCAAGAGCUGGACGCGGAUUCAGUGGAAACAGGAUUGACCGAGUGGAGAGAGCGUCUUCAGUACGAACUGGAGGAGAAUGAGAGUGGCUACUUUUCGACAAAACACAAAGCCGUCAGAAUUCCCGAGACAUUCCCCGAUCGAACGAUCCUUGAGUACUAUGCCCAGCCAAAGGUUUCCAGUGAUGAAGAAAUGACAAUUCUGAGAAGCCGUCUCACGCAGGCCUGGGAUCGAGAUAUUGAUCCCUUGGCAAUCAGAUCUUUUACUGCAGAUAAUUUCGAGUGGAAUUAUAGAUCUGGCGCAAGAAAAGUAAUCAAGCUGUUGGCCGAACCUCUCGUCUCAUACCGACUCCGCCUCCAGAGACCAGUGCGAGGCGUGGCUCCGGGUUUCUCAUUUGUUCCUGAAUGUCCACCCACAUUACGAAAAGCCUAUAAAGCUCGGUCAAGCUUCGGCACGGACGCAAUGCCAGAAAUACAGUUGGACAUGCUGCCUAUAGAUGUUGUGGGGUUAGAUCUUCUUGCCGAAGAGCCAAACCCACCGCUCCAAUCCGAGCUUAUUCCAUCGCAAGCAGCUCCACAAGAGGGAGAAGAAGAAGAUGAGACAGAGACGACCUCGGGAAAGCCUCCUCCAACAUCAUCAAAGUCCCGUGUGACGAAACGUUUUGACCCUUUUGCCAUCGAAAAAGUAUGGGUUUUUGAGACCAUUGCACGGCUAGGUGUCCCAGACGUCGUCAAGAAAUGGGAAAAAGAACAGGCCGAGAAAGCCGAGAAAGCAAAGAAACCUACUAAAAAGACUCCAACUCGACGGACGGAACCUAAGAAAAAGGGUCCAAUUGAUCCUGGGAUGAAAAGAGGAAGUAUACUGAAAUACGGGACACUUACCAAGGAAACAACGGAAUUAUCCGCUUUUAAACAAACACAGUUGCUGGAAGCAGCUACUUUGAAAAAGUCGACCGAAAGCCCUCUUUCCAGGCCUGGCUCUGGUACUGGAUUUACUUCGCCAAAUGUCGUGGACAUGGGAGAUGAUCCAUUCUCCCCGAGUAUGUACUCCCAGCAGGGUGCCACACCAAUGAUGUCCUACCCAUUCCAGGAGAUUGACGACCUUCUGGAUUCCUUUUCUUCCAUUGUGUUGUCCCCUUCUGCAAAUAUAAAACAUCACCCCAUGGCAGCCCAGUCUCGCAUCAGGUCAAGGCGUGGGCUUUUGGGGAAUGAUGGGAUCGAAAUCGAAGAACCAGAACCUCUACUCGCCGAAACAAACCAAAGUCCAUCCAGGCCAGCGCAAACCAAGGGGCUCAAAAUGAGCUACUCAAUUUCAGACAACUGUGACUCAGAAACUUCGGCCGAGGAACGACCAGCAAGGGCUUUGACUGCUCUGCCAUCCCCAUCGAAGAAGGCUCUAUCUAAGGCAAAGAAAAAAACUGAGCCCAAGUGUGAAGAGGGAAGCCUAAUCGUUGAUGAAAUCGAAAGGGCCAUUGAGACCCUUUCGCUGUCUGUGAAGCUUGAUGAUUGCGGUGAAGAUACACCAGCUGAACCAUUGCGUCAACGGACACCGCAAAAGACAAAGGAACCUAAGGUCCGUACGCAGACCACUAAGUCCGAGACUGCCAGACCAGCUCUGUCUUCUAAGAAGACGGUAUCUGAGCCGGAGCAAACAUCAAACUCAGCGGACUUGGUCCUACCACAAGGCAAAGAUUGCCACGAGAAUGCAACAUCAUCGAAGAAAAUCGAAAACCAUGUCGAGAAGCAAAAGAAGGCGACCAAAAAGCCCCCGAAGGAUUCCACAAGCAAUAAACAGGAGCACCAGACCGUGGGCCACUUAGAAAAUGUCACUCUACACAAUGGCUUCUGGAGCAUCGAGUCUGGGGACACAGCAGACAAAACUGGAGGCGAUAGCAGAGCUCGAAGCGGAAAGAAGAAGAGAAUUCCACGUGUGAGCAUCCUCGACUUGAUUUAG